UUUUGGGUUCAUAACAGAGUCAUUGUUCGACUUGGACUGUUGUUUUUUUUUUAACUGCAUUCCAUCUGGUGAAGAUGAUGAAGAUAAUAAACUUUAUGAAAGGGUCUGUAAUGAAGAUCCACAGCCUGUCGCGCGCAUCUCGGUGUCUGACAGCUGAAGGCGUUGUGCGUGGGUUUUCCUCUGCAUCCGGUCCAAGAGUGUGUAUUGUAGGAGGAGGUCCUGCUGGUUUUUACACGGCACAACAACUCCUGAAGGCUCGGCAAGAUGCAGUUGUAGACAUUUAUGAGCGGCUGCCGGUGCCUUUUGGACUGGUGCGGUUUGGAGUCGCGCCUGAUCACCCUGAGGUCAAGAAUGUCAUUAACACUUUCACCCAGACGGCCCAGCAUGAACGAUGCAGUUUUCAUGGUAACGUGAAUGUGGGCAAAGAUGUGACGAUUGAGGAGUUAAGACAAGCAUACCAUGCUGUAGUGCUGAGUUACGGAGCCGAAGGAAACCGCUCCUUGGAAAUUCCGGGUGAGGAUUUUUCUGGUGUUUUUUCAGCUAAAGACUUUGUCGGAUGGUACAACGGACUUCCCACCAACAAGGAGCUGUGCCCUGAUCUCAGCUCUGAAACAGCUGUGAUUCUUGGACAGGGAAAUGUGGCUCUGGAUGUUGCCCGAAUACUUCUCUCCCCUUUGGACAUGUUGAAGGAGACAGAUAUUACCCAGAAUUCACUGGCAGCGAUGGCGGGCAGUAAUGUGAAAAGGGUUUUGAUUGUGGGUCGGCGAGGUCCUCUUCAAAUCGCAUGUACCAUCAAGGAACUCAGAGAGAUGGUGAAUCUGCCAAACACCAGAGCUGACAUGCUGACCUCUGACUUUGAGGGCAUCGCAGAAGCUUUGAAAGACCUUCCCAGACCGAGAAAAAGACUGACGGAGUUAAUGAUGAAGGCUGUAAAGGAAGGAAGAGAUGAUAAAGUUGAGAAGUGCUGGGGUUUCCGCUUCUUUCGCAGUCCCGUGGAGGUUCUCGCCGGGGCUGAUGGGAAAAGAGCAACAGGAAUCCGAUUGGCUCUUAAUAAGCUUGAGGGGUCGGGCGAUGGUGCGCGUGCGGUGCCCACCGGUCAGAUUGAGGAUGUGGAGUGUGGCCUGAUCAUCAGCAGUAUCGGGUAUAAGAGCAUUCCUAUCGACCCCACUGUGCCCUUUGACCCCCGAAAAGCCAUUGUGCCUAAUGACAUGGGAAGAGUGCUGGACACAGCAGGCCUGUACUGCAGUGGCUGGGUGAAGCGGGGUCCCACCGGUGUGAUCGCAACAACCAUGAACGACAGUUUCGAUACGGCACGUGUUUUGAUACAGGAUAUGGAGGCAGGCAAACUGGAUCUAUCAGUCAACAAACCGGGCGCACAAGCGAUCACUGCCCUUCUGCAAACAAGAGGAGUGAGAACGGUGCUUUUUUCACACUGGGAGAAGAUUAAUGCUGAGGAGGAGAAGAGAGGCAAAUCCCUGGGAAAACCCAGGGAGAAACUUUUGGAUAUAGACGAGAUGUUGAGGAUAGCCUGGUCCUGAUCGAAUCUGCAGAGCUGUCUGACUCCAUAGUGAUAAACUGUAAACCUGUCAUAACAGAAAGUCUUUUCAUGUCUGAGAUGUACUUGGUUAAUUCACCCAAAAAUUAAAAACUGAUGUUUCCAAA